CUGUAAAAAGGCAGAGAGAAGAGAGCAGUGAGAGGGAGAGGUUGUUUCUCAAGGAGCUCCAGCUCCUCCGCUCGCGUGUGCGUGAGGCAACCCCGAAGCCAAGGAAGCCCGCAGGCAAAAGAAGGGCUGCUGCAAGCAGCAAGACCCAAGACCAGGAGGACCAAGAGUUGCUGCUAGCAGCAAGACAGGACCAGGGCAAGCCGCGUGGCUCGGGAGACCUGCCAACACACUUCGCCGAGGAGAUGCAGCACGCCGGAGGCGGCAACCCCGCCUCUUCCCGCGAAGAAACAUCCCCAGAGGCUGGAGCGCGAGACUCCGCAACGACCCUGAUCCCCGCGGCUGGGCACGAGAAGGACUCGCGCCACCACCGCCGGCAUCGCCGCCGCCGCCGCCGCCGCCACCACCAGGAGCAGCAGCCGCCCGGCAACAUGAUCACUUCCGGUUUCACUUCCCCCAACCCCUCAGCAGCAGCGGCUCAGGAGGUCAGACCUGCCACUGAUGGUAGUAGCAGCAGCAGCAGUGGUGGCGGCGGCAGCACCCCAUCAUCAUCUUCCAAGAAGAGAAAGCUAAAUAGUAAUAGCAGCAGCACUGAUAGAGAAGAGGUUGAAUCCAUCACCUCCUGCUCCUCCGUUCUUCCCAGAAAUAACUCUUCCACAUCCUCUAUUGCUACUACUACCACCACUUCCACCCCUGCCACCUCUGCCUCCUGUUCCUCCUCAUCAGGAGUUGCCUCUUCCAACCAUUACCUGCAGAAGAAGUUGCGCUUUGAGGACUCCUUGGAUUUUUUUGGACUUGAUGUGAAGAUGGCUGAAGAGUCUUCCUCCUCUUCUUCAUCGUCAUCACCUGCUGCCUCUUCUCAGCAGCACCACCAGCAGCAGUUCAAAAACAAAAGCCUCUUAAUUUCCUCAGUAGCUGUGGGACACCACGCAAAUGGCCUGACCAAAGCUGCCUCUUCCACUGUCUCCAGUUUUGCCAACAGUAAACCUGGUUCAGCCAAGAAGUUAGUGAUCAAGAACUUUAAAGAUAAACCUAAACUGCCUGAAAAUUACACAGAUGAAACCUGGCAAAAACUGAAGGAAGCUGUAGAAGCUAUUCAGAACAGCACUUCAAUUAAGUACAACUUAGAAGAGCUCUAUCAGGCUGUUGAAAAUCUCUGCUCAUAUAAGAUUUCUGCAAAUUUGUACAAGCAGUUAAGACAGAUUUGUGAAGACCAUAUCAAAGCACAGAUCCAUCAGUUCAGAGAGGAUUCAUUGGACAGUGUUCUUUUUCUCAAGAAAAUAGACAAAUGUUGGCAAGACCACUGCAGACAAAUGAUAAUGAUUAGAAGUAUCUUUUUGUUCCUGGAUCGAACAUACGUUCUUCAAAAUUCAAUGCUGCCAUCAAUUUGGGAUAUGGGGCUAGAAUUGUUUAGGACUCAUAUAAUUAGCGAUCAGAAGGUCCAAAACAAGACCAUCGAUGGCAUCCUUCUAUUGGUUGAGCGAGAGAGGAGCGGUGAGGCUAUUGACAGGAGCCUUCUUCGCAGCCUUCUCAGCAUGCUUUCAGAUCUUCAGAUUUAUCAGGAUUCUUUUGAACAUAGAUUCUUAGAAGAAACAAAUCGCCUAUAUGCAGCGGAAGGACAGAGGCUUAUGCAAGAAAGAGAGGUUCCAGAGUACCUCCAUCAUGUCAACAAACGAUUGGAAGAAGAAGCAGACAGGAUUAUCACUUACUUGGAUCAAAGCACUCAGAAACCACUAAUUGCUACUGUAGAAAAACAGCUGCUAGGUGAACAUUUAACAGCCAUUCUACAGAAAGGUUUAAAUCACCUUCUGGAUGAAAAUCGAAUUCAGGAUUUGUCUCUAUUGUAUCAGUUGUUCAGUAGGGUGAAAAAUGGAGUGCAAGCUCUCUUGCAGCAAUGGAUUGAAUAUAUAAAGGCAUUCGGCAGCACCAUAGUAAUCAAUCCAGAAAAAGACAAAACCAUGGUCCAAGAGCUACUAGACUUCAAGGAUAAAGUUGAUCAUAUAAUUGACAUUUGCUUUUUGAAGAAUGAGAAGUUUGUUAAUGCCAUGAAAGAAGCCUUCGAGACCUUCAUCAACAAAAGACCAAAUAAACCAGCUGAGCUUAUAGCUAAGUAUGUGGAUUCAAAGCUUCGUGCAGGCAACAAAGAGGCUACUGAUGAAGAGCUUGAAAAGAUGUUAGAUAAAAUUAUGAUUAUAUUUAGGUUUAUUUACGGAAAAGAUGUUUUUGAGGCCUUUUACAAAAAAGAUUUAGCAAAGCGGCUAUUAGUCGGCAAAAGUGCAUCAGUUGAUGCUGAAAAAUCUAUGCUUUCCAAGCUCAAACAUGAAUGUGGAGCUGCUUUCACCAGUAAACUUGAAGGAAUGUUUAAAGACAUGGAGCUUUCUAAAGACAUCAUGAUACAGUUUAAGCAGUAUAUGCAAAAUCAGAAUGUACCUGGUAACAUUGAACUCACCGUGAACAUCUUGACUAUGGGUUAUUGGCCAACCUAUGUGCCUAUGGAGGUGCACUUGCCACCAGAGAUGGUGAAAUUGCAAGAGAUAUUCAAGACAUUUUAUCUAGGAAAGCACAGUGGGAGAAAACUUCAGUGGCAAUCAACAUUAGGACACUGUGUACUCAAAGCAGAAUUUAAAGAGGGAAAAAAAGAGCUGCAGGUCUCAUUAUUCCAGACUUUAGUGCUGCUUAUGUUUAACGAAGGUGAAGAAUUCAGUUUAGAGGAGAUAAAACAAGCUACUGGAAUAGAGGAUGGAGAGCUCCGACGAACCCUCCAGUCAUUAGCCUGUGGCAAGGCCAGAGUGCUAACAAAAAGCCCCAAAGGCAAAGAUGUGGAAGAUGGUGACAAAUUUACCUGCAAUGAUGACUUCAGGCAUAAGCUAUUCAGGAUAAAAAUCAAUCAGAUCCAGAUGAAAGAAACGGUAGAAGAACAAGCAAGCACUACAGAGAGGGUCUUCCAGGAUCGUCAGUACCAAAUUGAUGCUGCAAUUGUGAGAAUCAUGAAAAUGCGCAAGACUUUGAGCCACAAUCUGCUCGUGUCUGAAGUAUACAACCAGCUUAAAUUCCCUGUAAAGCCCGCUGACCUUAAGAAGAGAAUAGAGUCGUUGAUUGACAGAGACUACAUGGAAAGAGACAAGGAGAACCCGAACCAGUACAACUACAUUGCAUAAACACACAAUGGGCCUUUCUUUCCUUUUCUGCACACUUGAUGUUCUACUUGGUUGCUGAUGGAUAAGCAAACCUGUUGAUCCCAUUAAAUUAACUUUUUCUACUACCAGUGGCUGAAUGGAAACGUAAGGGGUGGGGGGUAUAGUAGAGUGGGCAUUUCAAUUGAUUUCCACAUGCCCAUUUUGGUAUUUACAUUUUCAGAAGAAUGCUGUUGAACUCUUUGCAUGAUAUUCGAUAUAGUGUACAGAAAACUAUGGAAGUAUCUGGUCUUUGUGGUUCCAUUGGGUCCUUGGUCCCAAAAAGGGAAGCCCUUUUUAAGGGUUUAAUAAUAAACAGCGAAGGUAUUGAUUUCACUAUCACUCUGAAUAACAAAGGCCAAUCUCAUGUUCACCCAAAUUUUGCUUGCAGCAAAACAGACCCAUUUCGAGUAUGAGAGCCUGCCAUUUACAGAGUAAUAUUGCUAGAUCGAGUGCGGUUUGGGAAAUCUUGGGGAGACAGUAACUAGGAAUACGCCACAGGAUGUCCUUUUAAAGAUUGUUCUGCAUCAGCUGCAGAAUGCCUCUUCUGCUGUUGCCAUCCUUGCUCCACUUAUAUGUGAUGUUUCUCAAAAGUGUCCCCCAGAAUGAGCAUUAUUUAUAGAAAAUAAACUUAGGAGAAGUUCACAAUGGGGGAUGGAUGGAAAUGGAAGCUGUUGUGCAAUUUGGUGUGCCUGAUAUAAAUUUGUGAUUUGAAUGCCUUUUUGGGAAGGAAAUAAUUCAUUUAAAAGAUGAAUUUCAACUAGAGCAAACUCUUAUCUGGGGUAAGUUCUUUGGAAACUGCACCUUAAAUGUGCCCACAAUUAUGAUUGUGAUCCAUUCAGUUGUCACAUUUCUGCAAAAAAACAUUUUCCAGAAGCAGUGUGUUAAAAUAUGAACAAAUAAGAAAACUAAGUGUCUGCUUGUUUUGGGCACUGGUGAAAACAAACUAUGCCUUUGUUUCACAUUUUCUUCCCCAAUGAGCAUUACUAAAUCAGUUUCCCUAUCUUCCUGUAAUUGAUGUUGAGCUAUGGCAAAAACUACUUUCCAGCCAUAUUCUCCAGCAAGUUUUUUCUUUUUCUUGUUUUUUGCUGGAAUCAUGUGCCUGCUUUAUUGAGCCAUAAAGAUAUUUAUAAUAGAUAUAUAUAAAUACAUUUUCUUGCAGUGGGGUUAGACUGUGACCCAAACAGUCUGUCUGGCCAGACAUUUUCAGAUCUUCGUCUGUUGCGUGCAGUUCAAAGCAGUUGCAUUUCUUUUAAAAACUGCAAAUUUAUUCUGACAAAUAUUUUUGUUUGGGGGAUUUGUAAACAAAAAAACUUUAUACCCAACAAAAUGAAUUAUUUUUUCUUUCUUUCUGAUUUAAAUACAUUUUAAAGAAAACCGUGACCAUUUUGUUUCAAAACUAAUGGCAAAUGUGUUGUAAAGAUUGUUUUGUUCUCUAGCUUACAAAAGGUGCCAAAGUAUAUAUGGUAAACUUUUUAAAAAGUAGAAUUUAAAAAACAACAACUUACGUUAGCUAUGGUUUUACCUUCCUGAUCUCUUUCAGAUGCUUAUUUUUCUGUUUGUGUGUAUAUAUAUGUGUGUCCUGGUCUUUUAACUUUUCCAAAGCAGAGCAUCUGUCCUAACUUUCUUUUUAAGACAAAAUAUGUUUUGCUUUGUGCAUUCUUAAAAGUAUCACUUUCAUUUUUAAUGAAUUCAUAUAGUUGAGCAUUUCCUCCUUUUAAACACAUUUUAAAGUUCUAAGAGUACAGCAGCAUUCAAAAAUGUAAUAUACUUUUUGUAUAAAGAAGUUCUUCAGAAGAAUACCUUUGGAGUUGGGUGGUGGGAGGAGGUAGACAUUUGUGGGAGGGAGAAAUAACCUGUUCCUUUAAAAAAAAUGUUCUACAUACACAGGUCUGCAACAUCCUUCAGUGGAAAAAAAGUGAAAAUUUCAAAGUGAGUGGAUGGGUACAGGGAGUCUUUCCUUUGGUAAAUAAUGUAAAUAUGUGUCCUUUAAAAAGAGUGAGUCUGUUAUCUAGGUAUUUUGUGUCAUUUAAUAAAUAAUAAACAGUUUUGUGUUGCUAAA